UCUUUUCAAUAUUUUUUAGUGUAGGCUAGGUUUUGAUUUUACAAGAAGCGAGGACCGACAAGCAAAUCAUUACCGCAUCCCUGAGCGGGGGCGGUCCGCUUCGAUGGAACACCAACGGAAAACUAGUUGUCGAAGCAAAGCAAUAUGUUUUACACAGUUUCAUUAAUCUACGUUUAUUGAGGAUUAAGUCUAUUCUACAAUGCUGAGUGACACUGACAAGGCUGGCAUGGCACCUCUCCAGCUCUCCGCCAAGAGACUCCAGAUGGAGAGCGCAGAACUUCAAAAGGCCCACGACGCAGCGGCAGAACGGAAUCGCGCUCUUUGUCGUGAUAACCUGAAUUUGAAAUUGGCAAUCCGAAGACUGUCACCACAACUUCAAGAGAUUGAUCUUAAACACGAGGAUCUGAAUAAGAUGCGUUGUGCUUUAGAAAAAGGCACCGAAAAUCUCAGUAGAUUACAGUCUCAACAGAAGGCAUUGGAGACGAACAAUUCUGACCUCAAAGACGAGUUAGAAUCUCGUCUUGGAGAACUGUCAAUCCUCAGACGUAUAAGAGUGACAGACAAGGAGCAAAUUCAAAAUCUCAGUAGUUGUGCAAGCACGCUUGAGUACCAAAAUGCACUCGGACAAAACUGCGUUCAGCAAAAGUUGGAAGACAUAAGGCAGAGAGAUGCUGCUCUCGAAGAACUGAACUCGGCCAUGCAAGAGCGCUCGGAGUUUGUCAAAGAGUGGAAUGAGAGACAGACAAAAUUAAAGGUCGAGGUUACCGAAGCAAUACAAUCAACGCAGGAUAUCGUAACAUCUUUCGGAACAUGUCAGACAUGGCGUUUCUCAAAACCCCAAUUUCCUCGUAAAUCCACCAGACAGCCUAGUUUUUUAGAAGAACUGAGCCUAUGUCAAGACAGACCACCUCAGGAAACACCACCCGAGGCCUCGGGAAUUGUGCUUGAUAAGACACCACCAAAGAGGAGAUUAUCAGCGCAUUUGAAGCCGUUGAUUUGCACUGUAGGAUUUACAGCCACCCUCUUGUUCAUGCUGACCAUAAUUGGCACUGCCGUGCCCGUGUGCCCUCCUGGACAAGGUGUUCCGUGUGAGGAUCUACUACGAGACGCGCUUCAGGGCGCGCUGCUGCCAUACUGUAACCUUCACUUCCCGCUAAUUCCGCCUUACUGAAACGUUGUUUUAGUAGACAGUAUUUCUUAAAACAUUGGCUUUAGAUGAGUACGCUUUUUAGUUCAGUUAUGCUCAUAAAACUAAGUGAAAUUCAA